CUCCCCACCCAGCUGCUGCCACAGCGAGCUUGCUAGCCUUAUGCCCGGGUUGGCUGCUGAGACCCGAACGGCGCGGCGACAACAUGCUGGGCAUGAUCAGGAACUCGCUGUUCGGGAGCGUAGAGACAUGGCCUUGGCAAGUACUGAGCACUGGGGGCAAGGAAGAAGUCUCCUAUGAGGAAAGAGCCUGUGAAGGGGGGAAGUUUGCCACUGUGGAAGUGACAGAGAAGCCUGUGGAUGAGGCUCUGCGGGAGGCAAUGCCCAAGGUCAUGAAGUAUGUGGGAGGUACCAAUGACAAGGGAAUUGGAAUGGGGAUGACAGUCCCUAUUUCCUUUGCCGUGUUUCCCAAUGAAGAUGGCUCCUUACAGAAAAAAUUAAAAGUCUGGUUCAGGAUUCCGAACCAGUUUCAAAGCAACCCACCAAUUCCCAGCGAUGAAAGCAUCAAGAUUGAGGAGCGGGAAAGCAUCACUGUCUACUCCACGCAGUUUGGUGGUUAUGCCAAGGAAGCUGACUACAUAGCUCACGCCACCCAGCUGUGCGCUGCCCUGGAGGGCACAGCCACCUACCGGAGUGAUGUCUAUUUCUGUACUGGAUAUGACCCUCCCAUGAAGCCCUACGGACGUCGCAAUGAGGUCUGGCUCGUGAAGACCUGAGUGACUCACGGAGUCGAGAACUUCCUGGAAGUAUGCCUCUGCAUCCCCUGACUUGGGGUCAGCAGGGGCCAGUGCUUCUCAAGUUCCAACUCUCCUUCAAAGCCAGUCACUGCCAGUUUUCUGAAAUAAGCACGGUCCAUAUACUGUGGUGGGGAAUGAUACAGCCAAGAUAGGCAAUAUGGUUCUUGUUAAUUUAGAAAUUUCUGUGACAGAUCAGAAAAACUCCAGCAGUACUUUCUCAGCCAUCUGGGCCACUAAAAACUGAUUUUUAAACAUUACUGAAUUUGUAUUUCUGUUAAUGAGGGAAAAUGUGAUUUGUUCACAAUCUUUCAGCUUGAUUCUUGUAACAGCUUGUCUAAAAAUAAACCAAAAUUAAAGAUCUCUGA